CUGCGGACGAGCUCGCCUACUUCUUCGCAAUUCACUCCCUUAAUGUCGCAAUAGCCAUUUACCUGGACUAUUCUCCAGCUUUAGAUAGCUUAUACAUAGAGAGAGCCGCGUUUCCCCCACAUUAUGGCUUACGAAGGCAGCCUCGACCCGGCAAGCUUCCCUUCUCCAGUCGAUCUGUCCCACCACCUCUCCCGCAGCACCGUCGCCCGUGAGGCGUCAAGUGUCAAAAAAUUCUACAAGUACUUCGCCAUUCCUGGCAUUGGCCAAUUAGCAGGAGGCCUCCCAAACGACAAGUACUUCCCCUAUGAUACCCUUGAGGCCAAGGUUGCGCUGCCAAAUCGAUGGAAGCCGACGCCCAAUAAUCCUGUAGACCCUCCCAUCGCCGAGCUCGCAUCGUUGUCUCUCUCGAAAGACUCCAAAGACGAUCCGCCGGCUUCGCGCCUCGUGGUGCCGCACGACUCUGGAGCUGCUGACCCCUUGCGCAUGAUCGAUUUGAAGUCAGCACUGCAGUAUGGCACUGCCCAGGGAUACCCGUCUCUGUACAACUUUAUUCGGCAGUUCACCCGAGAGAACCUGCAUCCGUUCGUCCCAUACAAAGACGGGCCUGAGGUAAUCCUGACCUGUGGAUCGACUGAUGGAUUUGGGAAGACUAUCCAGGCGCUGAGCAACGAAUGGUCCGAGAGCCACGAUCCCAUAGACGAGAGACCGGGUCUACUGGUCGAGUACUACUGCUACAUGAAUGCUGUACAAACCGCGAAGCCGAGGGGCCUGAAUGUUGUGCCCGUCGCUAUCGACGAUGAGGGCAUGCGCGCUUCCGGAGAAGGUGGCCUGGAAGACGUGCUGGACAACUGGGACUUCACCAAAGGCCGCCGCCCGCAUCUCAUGUACACCGUGACAAUUGGCCAGAACCCAACCAGCGGGACGUUGAGUGUUGCCCGUCGCAAAGAAAUAUACGCCCUAUGCGCAAAAUAUGACAUAAUCAUCAUCGAAGACGAUCCGUACUGGUACUUACAGUUCCCUUCCGCCUCCCCGUACGCCUCACCUCCAACUCCAGCCAAAUCCUCCGGCUUCGAGUUCCUAGAUUCCUUGAUCCCAUCAUAUCUCUCGGUGGAUUACCAAGGCCGCGUCGUGCGCCUCGACACCUUCUCCAAAACUGUAGCCCCGGGAUGUCGUCUCGGCUGGAUAACAGCCCAACCCGCCCUCAUCGAACGCAUCCUCCGCAUCACAGAGACCAGCACUCAACAGCCCUCCGGGUUCGUGCAAUCCAUGAUCGCAGAACUCGUCAUGGGGCCCCAGAGCUCCUCGGAUGGCGGACGUGGCGGCGCCGCAGAUGGCAGUGGCUGGAAAGUCGACGGAUGGGUUCGCUGGCUUGCGGGUCUGCGCGGGAACUACGAGCGUCGAAUGAACGCUAUGUGCGAUAUCCUCGACGCUGGAAAACACGUAGUUAAAGCCGGGCGCCGAAACUCCCUUUCCGAAGUUGCAAAUGAAGAAGACGACUGGGCUGUCGUGGAGACAACCAAAAUGUACGAUUUCGUGCGUCCGCUAGGCGGCAUGUUCGUCUGGAUUCGGUUUGAUUUCUCCACACAUCCUCUUCGAAAGCAAGUCGACGCUCCUCGGCUCUCUCGCGCGCUGUGGGUGUUCUGGGCUACAAAGCCGUAUCUGUGUCUCGUUAGCCCCGGCAACAUCUUUUCGCCCACUCAAGAGAUUCGUGAGGCCGAUUCUUUCAAUUGCUUCCGUCUAUGCUUUGCAGCGUGUCCAGAGGACGAAUUGGAGCCUAUUUCUCAGCGGUUUGCGGACGGUGCGAGAGAUUUUUGGAGGAUUAAGUCGAAGGAGAAAAUUGAUAAGUUGUUGCAGGAUGAGGAUGAUGAUGUGGCAAGUGCUGAUGCUGGAAUGGCGCUUUUAACGGGGAUGUGUUAGGUCUGGGUGCAAAUGUUCUGAGGGAAGUGAUGGCAUCUGGCUGUCUGGGUGGGAUAUUCAAGCUGAAUCCUGGAUUCUGGAUCUCCUGGUAUAGUAAGGGGUGGGUAGGAAGGCAUAUAAGAGGUACACCCCAAUAAGGUUAUUUUAUAGAACGCAGGUCUCGUAAGCGUAUCGAAAUCGGCAAUUUGGAUGGGCGAGGAGGAUAGUAGGCUUGAAAGACAUACACACAUAACUUGAAAGCUGCACAAAGCUGGCACCCCGCUUCAAGC